GCAAGUCCCGGAGCGCAGAUCUAGAGGUUGGGGCUAUUAACGGAGGCGCAGGCACCCGAUAGUGCGCACGCGCCUGGGGAGAGCUCGGCCUCCGCCGGUCCCUUCAGGUCUCCCACGCCCCCAGAACCCACCGGCGCAGGGUUCCGCGGGCGCCGAGUUCCGCGCGCUGAAAAGAAGCGGCGGUGGCAGCGGAAACCCUAAUUGCUCUCUUCAAGAAGUUCAUUAUGAAGCUAUUAGCAAUACUUUUACUUUCUGGACUUACAACUAAUUGUAGAGGUAAUUCUUCCUACCUUUCACCACCCAAGUUACUACUGGUGUCCUUUGAUGGCUUCAGAGCUGACUACCUGCAGAACUAUGAAUUUCCUCAUCUCCAGAAUUUUAUCAAAGAAGGUAUUUUGGUAGAGCAUGUUAAGAAUGUUUUUAUCACAAAAACAUUUCCAAACCACUACAGUAUUGUGACGGGCUUGUAUGAAGAAAGCCAUGGCAUUGUCGCUAAUUCCAUGUAUGAUGCGAUCACAGAGAAACACUUUUCUGACUACGAUGACAAGGAUCCUUUCUGGUGGAAUGAAGCAGUCCCUAUUUGGGUGACCAAUCAGCUUCAGGAAAACAGAUCCAGUGCUGCUGCUAUGUGGCCUGGCACUGAUGUCCCCAUUCACAAUAUCACACCUUCUUAUUUUAUGAAUUACAACUCUUCUGUGUCAUUUGAGGAGAGACUAAAUAAUGUUACCAAGUGGCUGAGCAAUUCAAACCCACCAGUCACCUUUGCAACACUGUAUUGGGAAGAACCUGAUGCAAGUGGCCACAAAUUCGGGCCUGAAGAUAAAGAGAACAUGCGCAGAGUGUUGAAAGGCAUAGAUGACCUCAUUGGUGACCUAGUCUACAGACUGAAGACAUUAGGAUUGUGGGAAAAUCUUAAUGUGAUCAUUACAAGCGACCAUGGGAUGACCCAGUGUUCUAAGGACAGAUUGAUAAACUUGGAUCUCUGCAUUGACCGUUCAAACUACACUCUUAUAGAUUCAACCCCUGUUGCUGCAAUACUUCCCAAAAUAAAUAGAACAGAGGUUUAUAACAAACUGAAAAUUUGUAACCCUCACAUGAAUGUUUAUUUCAAAGAAGAUAUUCCUGCCAGAUUUCAUUAUCAACAUAAUGAUCGAAUUCAACCUAUCAUUUUGGUUGCUGAUGAAGGCUGGACAAUUGUGCUAAAUAAAUCAUUACCAAAAUUAGGUGACCAUGGUUAUGACAAUUCUUUGCCUAAUAUGCAUCCGUUUCUAGCUGCUCGUGGUCCUGCAUUUCAUAAAGGCUACAAACACAGCACAAUUAACAUUGUGGAUAUUUAUCCAAUGAUGUGCCACAUCUUGGGAUUAAAACCACAUCCCAAUAAUGGAACCUUUGGCCAUACCAAGUGUUUGCUAGUUGACCAGUGGUGUAUUAAUCUCCCAGAAGCUAUUGGAAUUGUUAUUGGUGCACUAUUGAUCUUAACCACCUUAACAUGCCUCAUAAUAAUCAUGCAGAAUAAACUGUCUGUACCCCGUCCAUUUUCCAGACUUCAACUACAAGAUGAUGAUGAUGAUCCUUUAAUUGGGUAACAUGCUGGGGUUUAUACAAAGUGUCAUUGAUUAUUCAUGAAAUCAAGGGUACUCCCAAAGAAAGGGGUUAUUAUUAUGAAAUGGCAUACUUUGAAAGAUGAAGAACUUACACAAGCAUGCUCAAAUUAUUUUUUUCAUGGUGUUUGUGUUUGGUUUCACAGCAUUUUAAUACAAGUAAUCCUGUCUACAGUAAAUAUUUCUAGUAAAUCAUUAGUACCAAUUAUUUCUCAAACUAGUAAUGUUUUUUGAGAAAAAUACUGCCUGCCAGUUUUGGGUUCGUGGUUUUUUGAUUUGUGUGUGUGUGUGUGUGUGUGUGUGAAGGUGUAAUACGUCUUUAGAUGAAAAUAUACCAAAAUUAAAUAGGCAUGCUCUUAUGCCUAUAUAACUUCUGAAAAACAAUAUAAACCUUCAUGCAAUUAGUGGAUUUCAUAUAUCAGGGAGGAAACCUUUACUAUAUUUUUAUAUUUACCUUUAAUAAGGUUUAUAUCCCAAGAAAAUACUUGAGGCUACUUGUAGUGGUUAAUAAAAUCUUUUAGCCAAACAGAAAAGAUGUAGCGUACAAAGAAAUUUUUUGAGGAAAGCGAUAAUAAAAAACACAAAAACUAUGUAAUCCAAAGCCAGCAUCUUCACCAUUGUGUCUUUGUUAAGACCCUUAAGUUAUUGCUAAUACAUUAAGAAAAUGGGAAAAUGUACUUUUCUCUAUUUGUGCUUAUGCUUUUGUGUAAGUUUUCAGUUGUGCGUGUGUGUGUGGGUAGUGUGUCUGAGUGGACUUUAUAUGAAAUAAGAUCUGAGGUGAAUUGUGCAGUAGGCAGGCUUCCACAUUCCAUAGAACGGCACUCAGGAUAGGUUAUAUUGGCACUUCAUCUUGUUUACUUAUAGAUCACAAAUUAAAGUUGCAAUUUUUAAAUAAAUAGUAAUUUUUAUUACCAUUUUAAACUUUCUCAUGUUGUUUAUGUAGCCAGAGGCAUCCAAGUGCUACCAAAAAAUUGAUGGUCUGAAUACAAAUCUGGUUUUGACUGGAUAAGAAUGAAAAAGAGAUUUUUUUAUAUUUGCCUUUCAAACUCCUAUGCCUGCCUUCUCCUAGCAAUGGAGUUAUUAAAAAUGUUUAAAUGGUAUCUUUAUCAUUUGGUAUCUUUGGAUUUGUUACAUUAUUCAUAUGAUAAGUGUCAGAAUAACCUUUUACCAUUUUGGUAAUAUUUUGUAGUAUAAAUGCUGCUUCUCCUUUGUUCUCCAAUAUUUGAUUCAUAUAAAUAAUCACUCCCCUAGCACAUUUUUAACAUACUAGUUAAGAGCCAUGGAUUUGUCAUGAGGAACUGUCAUCCUACCUUUGCUAGGUGGUACCUUGUAAUAACCAGAAUAUGAAGAAACUGAACUGUGACAGUCUAGAGUGUAUCUAAUAGAGAGAAAAUUGGGCUCAAGAACCACUCAUUAGCACCUGAGGAGAACAAUUAAUAUUAAUAGUGUGAACUUAAAGUUUGACAAUAUAAACUAAAUUAGGUAAGUAUUUGGCAAAUACAAAAAUCAUCUGCAGAAAAUAUGCAGCCCAGUUAAAUCUUGAUUCUUUGUGAUGGUUAAGAACAAUGGGGCCAGUCAUCAAAUAGGUCAUUCAUUCUGCUUGGGCACUGCUAAUUUCCUGAUACUGGUAUUUGGUGCUUGUGAGAAGCAUUUCCACAGCCUGCAUAAAUAAUCCAUGCAAUUGGUCAUAAAUUGAUUGUGUUUAAGCCAAUAAAGAAAUAAAACUGAUAGGCCAAGGCCAGUUUUGCUUCUUGACAGGUUUUAAUGCUAACGUUUUUUUCUCCCACAUAAAAGGUAUCCUAAAAGUUAAUAGUUGAUCUGAGUAAGCUGGUAGUUUCUUCUUCAUUUGCCAGUAAAAAAAAAUAAAAACGUUAACAGUCACAUUUAAAGCAAUGGACAUUUUUUGAGGUGUCCAAAAUAGUAGUAGGAAAUCUGGAGAAGAGCAAGCUCCUUGCAGUGCUGUAAGUUUCAAUAAUUAUAUUAGCUUGAAUGUGGUUAUGAGUUUCAGACAUUUAUACAUGGUGUCCAACCUAAGGGGACUUUAGAGAAUAGUGUGGAAUAGGAAGGAAUGCCAUCAGCGUCUUAAUCCUUUGAAUACUAUUUGUCUUGUACUUCAUUUUAUUCUCUAAAUACUAACUCUAAUUAAAAUUGUAAAUUUUGUAUGUAUAUGUUGAUAGGACAAAGCAGUAUUUAUUUAAUCAAUGAGAAACCAAUGUAUUAUAAAUGGAACUGGGUUCCUUCUUUUGUAUCUUUAAAAAAUUACUCUGCCAGGCUAUGAGUCUUCUAGCACAUUGAGAAAACCUUUUAGUAAAGCUAAUUUUGCCUA